CGUCUGCUUUCUGAGCUCCCUGGACUUUCAGUGUGUGUCUGUCGGUGAGCCAGCGAGCGCCCCGGACUUUCAGUGUGUGUCUGUCGGUGAGCCAGCGAGCGCCCCGGACUUUCAGUGUGUGUGAGCCGCUCUCUGCUUCACUGAGAGAGAAGGAGAGAAGGAGGAGCAGAAAAGGGGGAGUACCUGAUUCCAGUCUCGCCCGCUGUGGGCUUAGAGGAAAAGGGAACAUUUCUCUCUCUACUAGUACGAAGGCAGCAAACAGCCAAUGUGCCUCAACUAUAGGAACUACACAACGACUGCCCUGCUGGGGGCUCUGGCUCUGCUUACUUCUACCAUGACAUAGCCUGCUCUUCCCCCAGGGAGACUAACCCACUGAGGGAACAGACAUGCACGGUGGGCACUACCAGGGAUCUAUGCUGCUGUCAGGUCCUGUUCAUCAGUGAUUUACCACGGAGGAACCAUGGUGAGCAAGGCGGAGGGAGAUAAAAGCAUGCUCACCAACUCCGAGUCGGAUUCAGAGGUGGCGCCCACCCCCUCCCCUUCCGCCUCGCUGGCCCUGGAGGUCAAAUACUCCUUCCUGGACACCAGCAGCAGGUCACAGCAGCAGGUACGGAAGAGAAACAAGGCCCUCCAGGUGAGAUUCAAGGACAUCUGCGAGGCGCAGAACGAGCAGAGAGAGGCCGCUCUACAGAUGGCCGGGAAGGGGGGCAAGCCAGGCUCCUACAAGGUCUGUAACCAACCCUCCCUUUGGUUCGGGGGAACAUGUAUGAAUGUAUUACUGUACUAGGACCAGUGGAAUAUAAGACACACGGUCCUGGGGACUCCGAGGGCUGCACAUUAGGCUUUUUAUUUCAUCAUGAGUUCAUGAUUUGAAUCAGCUGUGAAGAACUACGGUAACAGCCUAAAUGAGUAGCCCUCCAGGUCCCCAGGAGGGUGUUAGGUAAACCCUGGUUUAUAAUGUCUCAAAACGCUGAGUGGUUCUCAAUGUUG